AAGAAGAGGUACAUUAUUAUGGAUAGCUUCAUAAAUACCUCAGAGACACUGUGGAUUUUAUUAGGUCUAGUUUUGUCAAAGCAAUGAUGAGGCUGUGUAUGAUUCAUUUGUGUCUGAUACCUCUUCUAAGAUACUGCUUUAGUGAAGAAUGUGUUCCAAACUUAAGGGUGGAUGUGGACUUCCCUGGCAGCGAUGUGCUGCAGAUCUUCUCCCCUGAUGAGCUCCACUGCCAGCGGGCCUGCAGCCAGCAUCACUCCUGCCAGUUCUUCACCUUCAUCAGACCUGACUGGACCAGGGACAGCAGGCAUUUCUACUGUUACCUCAAGCACACAAACUCUGGGGAACCAUCUGAAGUGACCGAGCUGGAGGGGGUGACAUCAGGCUACUCCCUUAAGAACUGCAACGAGACGACUGAAUGUUUUUCGGACUUAAGGGUGGAUGUGGACUUCCCUGGCAGCGAUGUGCUGCAGAUCUUCUCCCCUGAUGAGCUCCACUGCCAGCGGGCCUGCAGCCAGCACCACUCCUGCCAGUUCUUCACCUUCAUCAGACCUGACUGGACCAGGGACAGCAGGCAUUUCUACUGUUACCUCAAGCACACAGACACUGGGGAACCAUCUCGAGUGAACAAGCUGGAGGGGGUGACAUCAGGCUACUCCCUUAAGAACUGCAAUGAGACAACUGGUGGGCUCACUCGGCUUCCUCCUCACUUCAGAUCAGAUGGGUGUUUGUCAUCUGUCUAUGAGGAUGUAGACUUCUAUGGAGCCGAUUAUCACUCCCUGUUCACAGCAGACUAUAAGGAGUGCCAGAGAGCCUGUACAUCAGAUCCAGGAUGUCGGUUCUUUUCCUGGCUGAAUGAUGACUUUGCCAUAGGCCUGUACAAAUACAAAUGCCACCUGAAGUUCAGUUGGUCAGUUUCAAAACCGCCAGCACUGAAGAUCCUGAGUGGGGUUGUGUCAGGCUUCUCACAAAAGGUCUUCCAGAUCAACAGUCGGUCAGAUUGUCAAACUGAACAGUGUGAGGCUCGGAUCCUCACAAAUACGGAUUUCCCCGCUCACGAUUUUGAACAGAUUCCUGCCGUGUCGGCGGAGCACUGCCAGUUCCUCUGCUCUGCUCACCCUAAAUGCACCUUCUUCACUUAUCAAAAACAGAAGGUGCGUUGCUUCCUGAAGAAUUCAAAGGAUCAGAAGCCAAUGCAGAGUAAAGAAGACCUGUAUUCUGGAAUGCCAUCACGCUUCUGUGAACUUCCUAAGGACUGGGCAACAAUUCGUUAUGAGGGCCUAGAUUUUCCUGGCUUUGACAUCCGCUACGUGAAACUGGAUGACCCCAAUUCCUGUGAGGCGCUAUGCACGGCUGAUCCUCACUGCCAGUUCUACACCUAUGUCUACACAUCUUUUUAUGAGCCUGACUUCAGGAGGCGGUGUUACCUAAAGAGGGUCAUCACAAUGCCUGUGCCUCCUAAAGUGGCAUCCCUGAAAGGGGUGAUGUCUGGAUUUUCUUUGAGGGGCUGCCAUAAUCCUAAUAAAACAGAAGAGGCUACGGCAGCGGUGGAAAAGGCUUUAGGAUGUGAAAUCUGAAAUCCAGGUGUAGUCCAUCUCCUGUCAUGCAGAGAUCCUCACCUGUUCCUGGACCUGUAGAGACUACUACAGCUGGAGCAUCACUGCUGUUGGCAAAAUAUAUUUGUUGUGGUCUGCCCGUAAAUGCUGGCAGUGGAGGUUAUAAAAAAAUGUAAAAAAAUAAUAAUAAGAUAACCUGC